GAGCAUCAACCAAAGGAGAAAAGAGAUAGGCGAGGGCAGUCGAAGAAAAUUUUGCUUAGAAGUAUGAGGACGUGAAAUUGUCCCUGAAGAACACUGCAUAAUCAAGUUCAACAUUUUAGGGAGUAACAGAUUGGAUCAAGAGAGUGAAAAAAAACAAGGCAUCAGGUAGAGAUGUAUCAUCAUCAUCAUCAAAACCGAGGAAAGAGCGUCCACUCCUCUUCAAGAAUGCCAAUCCCUCCUGAAAGGUAUUUGUUCCUACAAGGUGGGAAUGGCCCUGGAGAUUCUGGACUUGUCCUCUCAACUGAUGCAAAGCCUCGACUAAAAUGGACACCAGAUCUCCACGAGCGGUUCAUAGAAGCAGUCAAUCAGCUUGGAGGAGCAGACAAAGCUACUCCAAAAACAGUUAUGAAACUUAUGGGGAUUCCAGGACUUACCUUAUAUCAUCUAAAGAGUCAUCUACAGAAGUACAGGCUCAGCAAGAAUCUGCAUGGUCAAGCUAUUAGUGGAAGCAGCAAAAUCGGUGCUACUGCUGUGGCAAGUGAUAGAAUGUCUGAAGCAAAUGGUACUCAUAUAAACAAUUUAAGCAUUGGAUCCCAAACGAGCAACAGCUUACACAUCAGUGAAGCACUGCAAAUGCAAAUUGAAGUGCAGAGAAGGCUACAUGAGCAGCUUGAGGUACAAAGACAUUUACAGCUUCGCAUAGAGGCUCAAGGAAAAUACCUACAAGCAGUGCUAGAGAAAGCACAGGAGACUCUUGGAAGGCAGAAUUUAGGUACCAUGGGACUUGAAGCGGCCAAAGUUCAACUUUCUGAACUAGUGUCCAAAGUAUCCACUCAAUGCCUGAAUUCAGCAUUUUCAGAGCUGAAGGAACUGCAGGGUCUCCGCCCCCAGCAAACACAAACAACUCCACCCACCGAUUGUUCAAUGGACAGCUGCCUGACCUCCUGUGAAGGAUCUCAAAAGGAAGAAAUACACAACACUGGAAUGGGGUUGAGACCCUAUACUGGAAACGCUCUCUUGGAGGCAAAAGAAAUGGCAGAUGAUCACAUGCUACGUCCAACUGAACUAAAGUGGGGUGUAAACCUAAAAGAAAAUAAAAUGUUCCUUUCCCCAGUGGGAAACAAUACAGAAAGCAGAAUUUUUUCUGCAGAAAGAAGCUCUGGCGAUUUAUCCAUGAGAGUUGGACUCCAAGGUGAAAGUGGGAACACAAGUAGUAGCUUUACUGAGGGAAGAUAUAAGGGAAGGAAUGAUGAUGGCAAUUUCCCUGAACAGACUAACCAGAGGACAGAUUCAGUUAAACUACAGAAUGAGAAUGUUUCACCAGGAUAUAGAUUGCCUUACUUUGCAACAAAACUAGAUCUAAAUUCCCAUGAUGAAAUCGAUGCCGCUUCAAGUUGCAAACAAAUUGACUUGAAUGGUCUCAGCUGGAACUGAGAUGGUCCACUGGAAGGUAAACAGUAAAUGAAACAAUAUCAGAAGAUGAGGCAUCUAAUUCUGAAUUUAAAUCUGAGCAGGAGGAAGGUCAACAUGACAACCUGCUGCGUCCUUGUCCAAGCCAAUCAGCCAGGAAACAAUCAAUUCAAUCGCAAUGAAAUAAGUUGGACCAAUAGAAGUAGGGUGCAUUUAGAACCAUGUAGUGUAAUGGAUCCAACAUAUGUACUUUUGCUAUCUUCUAUAUCAUUAAGAGUUCACGGAUUAUCAACCCAAAAAAAUUCCAGCUAAGAGCUCAAAUGCUUAUUUAUCCAA